AUGGGCGACGUCGCAGACGGAUGGCACACCGUCAUACCCACAUCCCAUGCCGGGAUGAGCAGGCUGUCCCAGUCUCAGUUGGAGGAGUGUGAGCGCCAGAUCCUCAAAGAGUGGGAAGAGUCGCGGCACCACUGGUCCGGAAUAGGCAAACACGUUCCCCUCGCCAACACGGCCGAAUCAGAAAAGCUACACGAACGGCUCAAGCUCGAUUGCGACACCCCCCUCGGCAAUGGGGCCUUCGGCGUUGUGCAGAAAGUCAAGUUCCACGCCAACAACCGCCCAAUAUGUCUGGCACGCAAGCAGGUCCGACCGCCAUACCCUCGAUAUCCCCUCGACAUGCUGCGCGACGAAGCCAACGUCAUGGACAAGCUGGUUCAUGAACACAUCGUGAAGCUCGUCGGGACAUAUUUCUACCGAAGGAAGCUCUAUCUCCUCCUGUGGCCCGUUGCCGUCUGCAACCUACAAGACUUCUUAGCGGACAUUGACCUGCUUAGGACUGGUGAAGGAGAUCGCCAAGAUAUCAUCAGCCACCUACACGCCUUGGAUUUGAAAGACUUGAGCGCUAUCGACCAGCCGCGUUCCUGCCCCAAAGUCUCUAUAGAUCGGCCUGGCUGCCCUCUUCAAUACCUUCGCCAAAUGAUGGGAUGCAUUACCCAAGCCAUCGAGUACUGCCACAACACCGAUGUUCGCCAUCUUGAUCUUAAGCCCUCGAACAUCCUCCUAGCGCCGGGUCGCGUUUACCUAGCCGACUUUGGGAUCUCGAAGGACGUCCAUGACCGCGAGAAUACCAUGACCAGGGGAAUGCCUGGGACGCCCAAGUGGCGGGCUCCCGAGCUCCGUCACCACGAUACCGACUGGUCUAUGAGAGCAGCCGACGUCUAUUCCCUAGGAAUGGUAUUUCUUGACAUCGCCACGGUGGUCCACCACGCCCCUUCGGACGAGUUUGAACAUAUGCUCGACCACGUGUCAUCCAAUCCAGGGGAUUUCAAGAGACUGCACAGCUAUCUGCACAAGCUUGAGCUUCAAGCUCUCGCGACACAAGAGAUUGACGACGUCAAUGCGCCGACAUUCGGCCCGAGACAUGUGUUACAUCUGAUUUCGAAAAUGGUUUCCCUGACGCCCUCGUCACGACCGGUUAUCUCCCAAGUCAACAAUGAGCUGGUUGAGCUUGGUGGAAUUGACCAAGUCUACCACUCAAGCUGUUGUAGGAAGAGCAGCCGUUGGGUGAUAGAUCGCAUGAACACCAGGCUCAAGGUCGUUGCCGCCGAACGAGACCACUUGAUGGCGGGGCACGGAGAAAUGGUCAAGCAGCUGCAGGUGCUCAAGGCCAAGGAUGAGACGUACGAAUCCCGUCUGGUGAAUGAGAGGAAGGUACAUGCAGACAACAUUGCCAAGCUGCAAGCACAGCUCGACAAGGAGCGGAGUGAGCGGAGACGGUUGGAGGGCGUUGUAGCCGAAAUGGAGCAGCAGCAGAGCAGGAGACCCGCCCGUCCCGGCAUCCCGCGGCCACCCUCGGGCCCUCGACUGGUUUCCGGAACAGCCAAUCCGACCGGCAGCUCUGCGGGCGUGACGAUGCGGACGCGGCCGCCCCCCCAGCCGCUCCCGAUUACUGCGCCGCCACGAUCGCCUCCCUCCCAACCGCCGCAGCAGAGCACAACACCGUCAGUCGGCCACGCUCCCCGACCCAGUUACUCCCAAGCCGCUGCCGCCGCCGCUACCGGGAUAACCCCCAAAACCGGAGCCCUAGCAGCCCCGCUGCGUCGAGACUCGCUCAUCCCAUGCCCAUCACCAGCAGCAGCCAUCCCGCACAGCAGCUCGAACCCCGACUUGACAGGCUACACGCUCCGAUCCCGCAACUCGGGCUCCAAGUUGCCGCGCGCCAUCAAUCCCACGACUCCGAUCCGCGCCGGCACGCCAAACAUUCACCGCGACCCGGAGUCGACAGACAGCACCCAGUACAGCAUGAGCGAUUCGGUCUUCAGCCGCAUGAGCUUGUCCAAGGCGUCUCUCGCCGGGACAAGCGUAGCGGGCACACCGCCGCCGGCCGCUGCUCACAGCCCUGCUGCUGUCAUGGACAUGCGCAGAGCGCCGAGCCCAGUCGCUGCGGCGAAGGUUGAGGCGCGCAAGGAAGAGCCGGCACCCAAGGCGAGGUUUUCUGACGAUGACGAGGUGGAGCACGGGUUGGGAUUGGGCCUGACGGAUCGCGAACGGGAACCGGAACGGGAACGGAGAGAGAGCCUUGUCAGUGCGAAUAGUAGUGUGAGGAUGGGGGUCGGUGAGCUUAGUUUUCGGGAUACGGCGAGCAUCGCCAGCUCGGCGGCCAUCGCAGCGGCCGGGACGAUGAGUCCUGCGCCGAGCGAGUCGGAUGUGUCGUCGCCGAGGAUGGUGCAUGCUUCGUUGGAGGGGGUCAGCGGGAGUGGGGGGGUGAAGGUACCGCCAAUGCCGACGGCGAAAAGUUGGGCGGAUGUUGCUAGGAGGGAGAAGAGGGUUUGA